AUGCUCGCACCGUCCUACUCCUUCGUCCUGCCCUUCCCCAGCGCAGACGAAUACAACGACUUUGUAACGCACUUCCCGCUCUCGCCGCUCCUCAGGCUCUCCACUACGUCAACAAGCCUCUCGUCUCGGGAUAGCGAAAGAACCGAGCGGCCGGGAGACGAAAGCAAGACGGCAAAGAUGCUGAGGAGGAAGUGGCAGACGUUGAUUGAUGGGAGGAAGCGCUCGAGGGGAUAUAAACUUAUUGGCGAUGAGGGGAGGGGAGGUGAUGCUUUGGAUGCAAAUGAUGGAGGAAUAGAAUUGGUGAGCCGAGGCGAGGCGAGGAAUCGAUGA